CGCUGCUCAGUGUUGUAAAGAUUGUCGAGCCAGCGGCUGCUUGUUUCAGUCCCACAGCACAGUGCCUGAGCCUCAGCAAUGGGAACACUCAGCCUGGGAGCUGGCUGCAUCACACUGCUCGCUGCCCUGUGCAUGACCACCGUCUGGGGUGAUAAUCUCUGCGUGUCAAGAGGAGCAGCAACGUGUGCAGAAUGUUUACAAAUCGAACCAUAUUGUGCCUGGUGUUCACAAGAGGACUUUGGGAGCAGCUCUUCAUGGUGUGACCUCAAAGAGAAUUUAAUCCAGAAAGGUUGCGCAGAGAAUGCGACUGAGUAUCCCCAGAGUUAUUUCCGAAUUGAGAAGAACUUGCCCCUCAGCAGCAAAGGGUCAAGUGACAAUCCGGAGGCGAUUGUGCAAUUUUCUCCUCAAAAGAUCAGCCUCAGCCUGCGUAGAGGAGAAUCCACAUCAUUCACAGUCCAGGUACGUCAAGUGGAGGACUAUCCUGUAGACAUUUACUACUUAAUGGAUCUCUCAUUCUCUAUGAAAGACGACUUGAAAACCAUCCAGGAACUUGGCACAAGGGUGGCUAAAGAAAUGGCUGAAGUCACCAGCAACCUGCAGCUGGGCUUUGGAGCUUUUGUCGACAAGCCAGUCUCUCCAUAUAUUUACAUGACCUCAGAAGCAGAAAUCGAAAACCCCUGCCUUCGACUUAGCCAGUCGUGUAGACCUGUCUUUGGAUUUAUAAAUGCACUCAAGCUGACGGAAGAAGUGGAGAAGUUUAAUGAGGAAGUAAUUAAACAGCAGGUCUCUCGAAAUCGCGACACACCAGAAGGGGGAAUGGAUGCCAUACUUCAGGCUACAGUGUGCACGGAUGAUAUCGGUUGGCGUCAGGAGGCCACACACAUGUUGGUCUUUGUUACUGAUGCUGGCUCACACUUCGCACUGGACGGCAGGCUGGCUGGUAUCACCCGCCCUAAUGAUGGGCAUUGCCAUAUGAAUCUGAACAAUGAGUACAAUGCCUCCACUAUCCUGGAUUACCCAUCACUUGCUAUGCUGGCUGAAAAACUCACGGAGAAUAACAUCUUUCUGAUCUUUGCAGUCACUGGUUCGGUCACUGAGAUAUACAGGAGUUACACUAAAAUGCUUCCUGGUUCUACAGUUGGGACUAUUUCCAGGGACUCCAGCAAUGUCCUAGAUAUCAUCAUUGAUGCCUAUCAGAGAAUCCGCUCCAUUGUAGAAAUGGAAGUUUUGAAUCUGCCAAAGGAACUGUCAGUAACCUUCGAUGCUCACUGUGGAGAUAAUGGAUUUUUCCCAGGACAGCGAGUCUGCUCCGGGCUGAAGAUUGGAGACACAGUUAAUUUCACGGUGAAAUUGGAAGCCAGGGAGUGCCCAGUCGGUGAAAAAGUGAAGACCUUUACGGUGAAACCCAUUCUGUUUAGGGAUUCCCUGGAGGUGACAGUCGAUUUCAACUGUGACUGUGAGUGUGAGAAAGACGCUGUAGAAAACAGCACUCGGUGCUCUAAUGGCAAUGGGACCUACGAGUGUGGAGUGUGCAAGUGUCUCCCAGGCCGCCUUGGACCAUCCUGUGAGUGCACAGACAGUGAUUUCUCAGUGACUGAAGAGGCCUCCUGCACCCCAGAGGGAGGCGGGCCCAUUUGCAGUAACCGGGGGGAUUGCUUCUGUGGACAGUGCGUCUGCCACAACAGUGACUUUGGGAUCAUAUCCGGCAAGUUCUGUGAAUGCGAUGACUUUUCUUGUGGACGCUUCAAGGGCAAACUGUGCUCAGGGAACGGCAGGUGUGAGUGCGGAGAGUGCAAGUGUUUCCCAGAUUGGACCGACAGAUACUGCAACUGCACCAUCAAGACUGACAACUGUGUGCCCGCUUUCGGGCUGAUCUGCAAUGGGCGAGGUCACUGCGAAUGUGGGAAGUGUGUUUGCACUGGUGGAGCAUUCGGAGACCAAUGUGAGAAAUGUCCCACCUGCCCAGAUGCCUGCUCCUUCAAAAGGAGCUGUGUCGAGUGUAAAGUGUUUGAGACUGGGAAAUUGAUGGAGAACGGCACGUGUGACAAGGUAUGCAGGGAUGAGAUCCGAAGAGUGAGGACGUUGGAUACAGAAACUACAGAUGGUGUCAUCUGUACCUAUAAGGACGAGAAUGGCUGUGUUGUUCGGUUCCGUUAUCACGAAGAGUCAAAUGGAAAAUCGAUUCUGUCAGUUAUUGAAGAACCAGAGUGCCCCCCACCAGUGAACAUCCUGCUGAUUAUCCUGUGUUUGAUGGGCGCCAUCCUGUUGUGUGGUUUGGUGGCUCUAUUGAUGUGGAAGUUGCUGGUCACCGUCCACGAUAAGCGAGAGUUUGCCAAGUUUGAGGCAGAAAGAGCCAACGCAAAGUGGAAUACGGACAACAACCCACUGUACCAAGGGCCAACGACAACCUUCACAAAUUUCACCUACACUGGCAAUACAGACUGAGGGGAACAUCGGCACUGAGAGGGUUAUACAACCCACAGCAAGGAGAGCUUCAAAUAGGCUGCAUGGGGCACAAAAACCAAGGGGCUUAGCGUUUUAAUUCUGAAUGAAAUGGCUUUCCUUUCACUGGCCAAUGUCGCGCUGGACACAGGCACAACUUCACUCUGUAAAGCCUAUCUUCCCUCAAUAGUGGGUCACUCGACCUAGAAACGGCACUGAGACACAGUCAGGUGGCCCUAGUGUAUUUCCUCAGUAUGUGUUUGAACCUGCCACAGUGAAUAUUUCUGACAUCUGAACAGUCUCUCUGAAGAUCACAAUAGGUCAGCACACUGCAGCAUGUACACCUUCACAAAGGGUAUUGAUAGAGCAAAUAAGACAAACCAAUUUCUCUGACUAGUAGUUCUGUAACCAAAGGACAGAAUUUUGAAGUCAUUGUCAAAGGACCAAGGCAGAGAUAAAGAAAAUAGUUUUUUACCUGAGCAAUUAUUAUGAUUUGAAACGUGCUGGCUUAAAGGUUGAUAGAUGUAAAUUCAACAGUAAAUUUCAAAGGUGAAUUAGUUAAAUAUUUGAAGGGAUAAUUUUGUGGGUCUUAUGGGACUAAUUGGGUUGCUUCAUGUACUAUAUGAUUCAAUCCAAGACUGCCAGCUUUAAAUGCUGCUUUGCCAUAAGACAUUGGAGCAGAAAUUAGGCCAUUCGGCCCAUUGAGUCUGCACCACCAUUCAAUCAUGGCUGAUAAGUUUUUCAACCCCAUUUUCUCACUUUCUCCUGUAACCUUUGACCAGGGUUGGAGCAUCAUAAUUGGGCCUCGACAGUCCUGGGUUUAGAAAGGUCCCAUACCUGACUGUAAUCCCAUUGUUCCCACUGGAAGUGGGCAAGAUUGGGUUUCAAUUGAUGCUGUCUGGGUGUGUUUGAUCAGUUGAUAGAGGUAUACAGAGUUAGGGGAAAGGAAGGGAGAAACUGGUGGAUCAUCUUUGGAGACAGCGGAAUCUGUAAACUGACUCCAAUUCAACUGAAUGUGUCCUUACAAACACAACAGAAGCUGCACAUUUGACUGCUGUGGGUACAUAUACUGCACAGCAGCUCAACAGUGUCACUUGAUCCUGCUUCCCAACUCUAUCAUAGAUUACAUUACAGUGUGGAAACAGGCCCUUCGGCCCAACAAGUCCACACCGACCCGCCAAAGCGCAACCCACC